AUGCUUUCAAACACUAACAAAGACAGGUUGAUUGAUGAGUUAAGGAGAGAAGUAGAAGAGCUUCGUUAGAAUGAAAAAGAUUAUUAAGAUUUGAAUUUUUUAUUGACAAAUCUUGAAAGUAGGUAUUAAUUGUUAAAUGAUGAAAAGAGACAAUUAGAGUUAGACUUUAAUGACCGCACUGAUGUAUAAAUCAGAUAGAUUGCAAAUUUAAAGACUGAAGUAGAUACUUUAAAAGAAACUCUAAAAUACAAACAAAGAGAGUUGGAUGAUGCUGUCGCAGAGCUGAAGGCUAUUAAAGAAGUAUCUGAUCACAAAUAAAUCAACACUGAAAGGCUUAAAGUUGAAUUAAAGCAAUCUUUUGAAAAUAAUUAACGUCUUAAGGAGGAUAAUUAGUCUAUGGAAACUUAAUUGAGAUGGUAAAAAGAAGAAAAAAAAAACCUAAUGGAAAGGAUGGAUCAGCUUACAUUGAAUAUUGAGGAAGUUAUGGAAAAAAACGAAGAUUUAGAAAGAGUUUUAGAGGAAAGUGAAAAAGACAAGCGCAACCUAGAAAACUUACAUGCACAGCUAUAAAGUGAAUAUGAACUUUUAAAUGAAGAGUUAAGAAGGAAAAAUUAAAUAAUUUCAGAACUAGAGUCUUAAAAUAGCCAUUAACUUAAGCAAAUACUUACUUUAGAGAGCGAUAAAGGUAAUAAGUCUUCAGAAGUUAUGAAGCUUAAGUAAGAGUUAGAGGAGCUAAGACAUAUUAAUAAAAAUUAGAAAGAGGAUAUUUUUAAUCUUGAUCAAUGUGUUAAGGAUAAAUAAAGUCAGCUUGAUUAGAAUUAUAAGGAGCUAAAAUCAUUAUAAAAUAACUAUACACUUGCCUUAGAAGAGUCUAAGAAAGCAUAAGAUCAUGCAGAAGUUUUAUUAAGAAGAGUAGAAGAGAUGUAAGAAAGAAAUGAUUCUCUAAUAGUAGAAAAUGAAUCAACUAAAAAAAGAUUAAAUGACAAAGAAAGAGAGAGUCGUUAAGAGUUUAUGAAAAAAGAAGAAGAAAUCUCAAUUUUAAAGAGGGAGAUUGAUGAAAAAAACGAACUCCUCAGCGAAAUGGAGCAGCAAAGCACAAAAGCUUUAGAAACAAUUUUACGCUUAGAAUCUGAAAAUAAAGAUAUCAUCAAAGACUACGAUUGGAUUAAAAAUGAACUUGAUGAAAACAAUUCAAGAAUAAAGAAUGAAAUCAACAGAAAUCUAGACUUAGUUAAUGCAAACAGGGAAUUAGAAGAUGCUUUGAGGGAAAGAGAAGAGUUAAUUAAUGACUUGGAAAGAAGAGAGACGGAAUUAAGACAAAUUAGUGAAGAGCUAAUGGAGGUUAAUAGAAAUUAGAAGAGGGAUAUAAUGCAGAUUUAAAAUGAAAAUUAAUUAAAGUAAAGCAGAAUAGAAGAUUAUCAUAAAAGAGAAGAAAAAGAUAAAGAUUUGAUCAUGUCAUUUAAAUAGAAAAAUGAUGAUCUUUCAAAAGAAAAUGGAUAGUUGCAUUUAGCUGUUCAAGAUUUAAAAGGCUAGGUGAAUAAAUUAUCUUAGUAACUUGAUAUAAAAGAAUAAACUAUGAAUUAAAUUGAAGAAUAAAGCUAGAAUUCACUUCAAACUCUUUUGAAGCUGGAGGAUGAUUAUAAAAAGUAAUAAAGAAAGAAUGAUAAAUUAAAACAAGAAAAUUUAGAUCUUAAAAGCUAGUUGGCUGAAAGUCACAAAUAAGUGAAAGAUGUAAUAGCAGAAAUAAGAUUUAAAGAUGAAUAAUUAAAUGAAAAAUUGACUGAAAACCGCUAAUUGAAAAAUUAACUCAAUGAUGUUGUAGAUUAAAGAUAAGAAUUAAUAUAAGAAUUUGAAAAGAUUCAAAGAAAAAACUAAUUACUUGAAAAAUAAAAUUUCGAAUUGUAGGACAAUCUUUAAAAUUUGUAUAAAGAAGAAGCGGCUUUGAAGCAACUCAUGGAUAAGAAAAGAUAAAUUCGUGAAGCAAGAAUAAAAGAAGAGUAGGAAUUAAAGUAAAGUUUAAGCUAGUUAAAACAAACUUUAGAAGGUAAUUCACAUCAUUUAAAUUAAUAUGCUAGAAAUAUAGCAAAUAAUAAUCAGAAUAUUAAUAUGGAUUACUAAAAGACAAAAGUUGGAUAAAACAACCAGUCUACUUCAUAUAGAAGCUAUAAUAAUUAAAGCUAUAAUAAUAUUCUAUCAAACAAUAAUGUUCUUGAUGAUUUCUAGAUAACCAACAAUAUAUAAACAAAUAAUAAAUCUUCUUCAUACAGAAAUUUGUGA